CCGGAGUCUGGGUGGGUGGGGCAGUCCCGGCCUGACGUGCGGAGCUGAGGAUGGCCGCUCGCGGCUCCUUCCCGCUGCUCGUCCAAGGGUCCUGGGGCCCCGAACCCCCGCAGAACUUGAGCACCAAGUUGCAGAUGUACUUCCAGAGCCCGAAGAGAUCGGGAGGCGGGGAGUGUGAGGUCUGCCAGGAGCCCGGGAGCCCGCCGCAGUUCCUGUUGUUCUUCCAUCUGGAGGACGUUCGGCGGAAGGUUCUGGAGAGAGAGAACCAUGAGUUAGUAUGGCCAGGACAAGGAACAUUCAAGUUAACUGUCCAGUUGCCCACAGCACCAGUGGAAGUCCAUGUCGUUGAGGGGGAAAUUGCAACAAAGGAAUCCAAGGCCAAAGAACAUGUCAAAGAACCAGAUGGGUCAGAAGAACUGGAUGCCAAACUAUUUACUGACAGAAGAUCAAAAAAAAUGGAAGCUAUCUCAAAAGAAUGUGAAAAGAUUUCCUCUUUGGUUGCAUUUGAAAAUCUCAAGGCAAAUGUGACUGACAUAAUGUUAAUCUUGUUAGUAGAGAACAUUAGUGGCCUUACAAAUGGUGAUUUUCAAGUGGAAAUACUACGAGAUUUUGAUGUUGCUGUAGUCACCUUCCCAAAAUCUGUAGAUGUCAUGAAAUUCAUUGAUGAUUGUGCCAAGCACCACUCCAUGAAACACCUUAAGCUUUCUCCAAGAGUUCUGGAAUUGACGAAAACAAUCAGGGUUGAAAACCUGCCACCUGGUGUCGAAAACUGUAAUUUGAAAUCUUUAUUUGAAAAUCCUCAAAAUGGAGGAGGAAGAAUUGCCAGUAUUGAAUGUUUUCCAGAAGAGAAUUCAGCUCUGAUUGAAUUUUUUGACAGCAAAGUGUUAGACACCAUCAUGACCAAGAAAUUUGACCUCCUCAAUAUGCCGCUCUCGGUGUUCCCUUACUAUACCUCUUUGGGCACAGCUUUGUAUGGAAAGGAGAAGCCUCUGAUUAAGCUUCCAGCACCAUUCAGAGAAUCACUGGCUCUUCCCUUGUGGAAGUUCUUGCAGCAAAAGACUCACCUGAUUGAGGAGAUAAAUGAUGAAGUGAGACGCUGCCACUGUGAGCUAACCUGGUCUCCACUCAGCUGUGAAGUUACCAUCAGACCUGCAGCCACCUUGGUCAAUCAAGGAAGACUAAGAAUCAAGACCUGGCAGAAAGAUGCUUCCACCGCACUCUCCAGCAUCAGGUCUAAAUAUAAAGUUAUCUCAUUUAAAGUGGACCCAAUAGUGUGGGACACUGUGAAAAAUGAUUUAGAAGAUGACAGGAUUUUAACUGAGUUUGAUGCAUGCCUGGGGAUUAUAAACUUCGUGGGGAAAUCAGAGGAUAUACAAAGCAUUGAGUCACAAAUCAAGGAAUUAAUAGAAAGCACCAUGCAAAAAAUUAAAAGAGAAAAGCAAAGUCUGAAGGAAAAAGUGGCUAUUUCUCCAGGAAAGUAUUCUCUUUUGUGCCACAGUGGUGUACAGGAGCAGCUCUGCACAGAAUGCCCAGAUGUGGAGAUUUCCUAUGAUGAAGCCAGUCAGCACAUGUACUUCAAAGGACUCCAACCAGAUGUGCGUAAAGUAAAGUGGGAAAUCCAGGAAAAGCUGUACGCCAUGGCCAAGAAAAACAUUCAUGUUCCCCGUGAGGUUUUCCAGUUUUUGCAACAAGUAAAUUGUGCAGAACUCUCUAAGUCUCUGUUUAUAGCACAGAAAAUUCUUGCAACUUGUGAGCUAGAUGGUACAACUGUUUUCUUAACCGGCUGUUCUUUUGACGUCCUAUUAGAAGCUGAAAAGCAAAUAAGCAGUGCUUUAAGUUAUAAGCGCAUAGACAUUGAGGACAAGGGAGUUCUUAAUGACAAGAAAUGGAAGGAGCUCACUCAGAGUUUAAGUAAGAAAUAUAAUUCCUCCCCAAAGACUAUAGUAAUCAAUCAGUUGACUUCAGGCACCACAGCUGAGGUCAUCAUCUCAGGCUAUGUAGGAGAAGUAAAUAAAGUCCAUGACUUGCUUUACGAGUUCUUGGAAAAACACAUCAAAAUAGAGAGAUUGAUUGAAGUAAAGUCUUCCUUAGUUUUUGAUUAUUUAAGGAUAGAAAAGAAGCUGUUCUGGCAAAAGAUAAAGAGGACAGGUGUUCAGGUAAUUUUCAAUUCUGAGAAUAAACAAAAAGGCAUUUUACUAAUUGGCCCAAAGAUCAGAGUCCUGGAGGGAAUGAACAUCAUCAAGCAAGCCCGGGAUUCAGUCUCUGUUAAAAGCAUCCAUAUCGAUAAGCCAGGAACCAGCCAGUUCUUCAAGGACAAAGCCCGGUAUUACAAAGAUGAAGUUAAACAGUUAUUUGGUUGUUGUAUUGAGCUACAGGAGAGUGAAGGAGAGCAGGCGGGAGGCGGCACGAGGGCGCAGAAGUGUCUCUGCCGGACGGAGGUGGUCCCGGGAGUCUCCCUCACUGUGCAGCAGGGAGAUCUGACACGGUUUCCCGUGGACGUGGUGGUGAACGUGACAAACGAGGACCUCAAGCUCAGUGGUGACCUGGCGGCUGCUCUUUCCCAAGCAGCUGGUCCUGAGCUCCAAGCGGACUGUGACCAGAUAGUGAAGAGGAGGGGCAAGAUCCUACCUGGCCAUGCCACCAUCUCUAAAGCAGGACAGCUCCCGUACCGCCAUGUGAUCCACGCAGUAGGGCCCCAGUGGAAGCAAGAUGGGGCCGAGAAGCAUGUGUGUCAGCAGAAGAGAGCUGUGGACGAGAGUCUGCGUUUGGCUGAAGAACACAAGUACCGAUCCAUAGCCAUCCCUGCUGUUAGUUCCGGGGUCUUGGGCUUUCCCUUGGCCCUGUGUGCGGGGGCCGUUGUUCUGGCAAUAAAGGAAAACUUCCAGCGUAGCCAAGCCGGAUGCACCUUGAAAGAGAUUUACCUCGUGGGUUCAGCAGAGAAGACUGUGGAGGCCUUUGCCGAUGCUGUGAAGGAUGUCUUUAAGGAUGUGCGGCCUGACGCAGCUUCCCUGCCCAAUUUACCAGCAGCGGUCCCACCCAGCGUGAGACAAGUUCAUGGCAGCAGACGAACUUUGCUGUCCCCAGAAGGCCUGAGGAUCCUGUUGGUCAGAGAAGAUGUGCAAAGUUCUACGGCUGAUGUUGUUGUGAACUCCAUUUCCUCGGACCUCCAACUUGGUAAAGGGCCCCUUUCUCAGGCCAUCUUAGCAAAAGGUGGGCCAAAGCUCCAGGAGGAACUGAACAUAGCUGGACAAAUGGCAGAGGUUGGUGUGGGCACAAUUCUGCAAACCAGAGGCCACAACCUGCACUGCCACUGCGUGCUUCACGUGGUGCCUCCGACCUGGAAGAAUGGCAGCACAUCUUCACUCAAGAUCAUGGAAGACAUAAUCAGAAAAUGUUUGGAAAUCACUGCCAGUUUGUCCUUGAGAUCAAUUGCAUUUCCAGCAAUAGGAACAGGAAAUUUGGGGUUUCCUAAAAACGUUUUUGCUGAACUAAUUGUUUCUGAAGUGUUGAAAUUUAGUAGCAAGAAUCGCCAGACAACUUUACAAAUGGUUCAUUUUCUGCUGCACCCAAAUGAUCUUGAAAAUAUUCAGGCAUUUUCAUAUGAAUUUGCCCGAAGGAGUAAUGGAAAUGUCAUCAGUGACAAAACUCCCCAGGCUGAAGAUGCACAAGGUUUCUAUGGGGCUGUUUCUAGCCCUGAUUUAGGAAUGCGUGAAAUGAAGAUUGGACCCAUCACCUUUCAGGUGGCCUCUGGAGAUAUCACCAGAGAAGAGGCAGAUGUGAUCGUAAAUUCAACAUCAAAGUCAUUUAAUCUCAAAGCAGGGGUCUCCAAAGCAAUUUUAGAAUGUGCUGGCCAAAAUGUGGAAAUGGAAUGCUCUCACCAAACUCAACAGGGGAAAUGUGACUAUAUAAUUACCCAAGGAGGGUUACUGAAGUGCAAGAAUAUUAUUCAUGUCGUUGGUGGAAAUGAUGUCAAGAGAUCGAUAUCCUAUGUUUUGCAAGAGUGUGAAAAACGGAAUUACUCAUCCAUCUGUCUCCCAGCCAUUGGGACAGGAAAUGCCCAACAAGACCCAGAUAAGGUUGCUGAAGCCAUAAUUGAUGCCAUUGAAGAGUUUAUCCAGAAAAGAGUGCCUCAGUCUGUGAAAAAAGUUAAAGUUGUUAUCUUUCUGCCUCAACUCCUGAACGUGUUUUAUGCCAGCAUGAAAAAAAGAGAAGGAUCUCGGGUUUUUCCUCAACAGUCUGUGAUGUCUAAAGUUGCAUCAUUUUUGAGCUUGUCAAGUCAAUCUCCCCCCAAAAAACAUCCUUUGGUUUUGGAAAAGAAAACAGAAUCAGCAAUUUUUCAGGUGUGUGGUGAAAAUGAAACAUGUGUGGAGAAUGCCCUCUCCUGGAUACAGGAUCUGAUUAAAAAGGAACAAUGUCCUUACACGAGUGAAGAUGAGUGUAUCAAAGACUUUGAUGAAAAGGAAUUUCAGGAAUUGAAUGAGCUGCAAAGGAACUUAAAUAUUACCAUUUUCUUGGACCAUAAAAGACCUCUGAUUGAGGUUUGGGGAAUUAAAGAUGCGAUAAAGGCUAGAGAUGCCAUUGAGAACAUGAUCAAGAGAGUUAGACUGGCCAAAGAACAGGAAUCCCGGGCAGCUUGUGUAAGUGAAUUUAUAGAAUGGCAGUAUGAAGACAAUAACAUUUUUCAUAAUUUUGACAAAAUAACCAAUUUGCAAUUGGAGGAAGCAAAGAAGGAACAGAGAAAGACUGUUAAUAUCAAAAUUAAUCAUCAGAGCUACACAGUGGACUUGAAAUUAUACACUGCAACAGGUGCAAAGGGACGCAAUUUAUCUGUUCGGCGCCUCAUGAAAUCUCAAGUUGAGAUCCCUGCGCAUUGGAGUGAUAUGAAACAGAAGAAUGUCUGUGUGGUUGAGCUCCAGCCUGGCCAUGCAGAAUACAGCACUGUGGCGAGUAAGUUUAAUCAGACCUGCCCAGACUUCAACAUAGAGAAGAUUGAAAGGAUCCAGAAUAUGGAUCUCUGGAAUAGCUACCAGGCAAAGAAAAAGACCAUGGAUGCAAAGAAUGGCCACAUAACAAAUGAGAGGCAGCUCUUCCACGGGACAGAUGUGGACUCGGUGCCGCAUGUCAACCAAAAUGGCUUCAACCGCAGUUAUGCUGGAAAGAAUGCUACGGCGUAUGGAAAGGGAACGUAUUUUGCUGUCCAUGCCAGUUAUUCUGCCAGUGAUACAUACUCUAGACCAGACAGAAAUGGGAAGAAGCAUAUGUAUUACGUGCGAGUACUUACUGGAACCUACACACGUGGACAUCAGUCAUUAAUUGUGCCUCCGGCAAAGGAUGUUCAAAAUCCUACUGACCUGUACGACACUGUCACAGACUGUGUGCAAAAUCCAAAUCUGUUUGUGGUAUUUUAUGACUACCAAGCUUACCCAGAGUAUCUCAUUACUUUUAGACAUAGGUACUAACAUUUUGGUAUCCUUCACAGAAGACAGUAGAUAUAUCUAGCUGUAAAAUAAGUUUUAGGGUUUUUUUUCUCUUAACAACUUUUUCUGAAAUAAAAGGAUCCAUGUCACUGAA